AUGGAUCUCGCUGCCAUCGACGAGGAUCCUGCCGCUGCCAUCGCUGCAGCUGAGGCCGCCGCAGCUGCAUCAGUCACGGAUGAGCAGCUCAUCUUCUCGACGCCUGAUCGCAAGAUGCCCAUCUCAAAAUCUUCGUCCACCGCGACGACCCCAGCCACCGGGUAUUUUUCCUACGGCAACGACUAUCGCAGCGACUACCGCCAUCGCUAUCACGACGACCAUGACUCUGUCCCGGAUCAGGACCUUCCCGGCAUGAGGACGCCCUCAUUACUGUCUAGUCCCAGUGUCGCUUCUAGUCUCGGCUUCUCCACUGGACGGUUGAGCCCGCUGAGGAGGGAGCUCUCCAGUUCAAGGCAUUCUUCUCAUCACGAUCAAGAGCCUAAUGACGCCUCACCAACUGCCCGACGGGGUGCCCGCCUCAGCCGGAGCAACCGCGACACCCUCGCCCGGCGUCUGAGUCAACUCGCUCAUGAGCUCACAUCCGGCAACGAUGAUGUUGAUGAUGUUGACGUCGACCUCCUCACCGCUCAGCUGGACCACCUGGAAGCAUCCACCAGAAUGAAGAAGACAGUCUCAUUCUCAUCUAACCCAUCCACCCCCUCACCUCGUCCCACUCCCCGGCGGCCCCUGAGCGUCGACAUGCGCAGUCCCGGUGACUCCUUGUUCAGCUCUCCGGGUUCAUCCAUCUUCCGGACCCGCUUCUCCGACUUAUCAGCGUCUAUCCGGAGGGACCCCGAGCCGGAGCCGGAGCCGGAACCUGACCCUCCACCCAACAUGGGCAUGACAGUGGCUCAGGCCAAGAAGGUUAUCAAUGAGGUGACGCAGCUCAACGAGGAGAUGUCUCAGCUCGUCGCCAAUCUCAAGGCUCGCCAGGAGGAGUCGGAACAUAUCCAAGGUCUCCUCAUUGAGCGUGCCGAACGUGCCGCCCAACGCAUCAUCUUUCUUCAGAACCGGGUAUCUCAUCUUGAGCAAGAGCUUCGCGAAAAUGACGACGAACUCCAGCAUCUACGGAUUUGUCUCAAGGCAGUUGAGAUCCAACUGCCUCCUCACCCGGACAAGGAACUUCAGCGAUGCCUCUCUUCUUUCAAGCAGGACUACCAGGCCAUGAAGCGCAAACGUGUCAACCGCACUAGUAUCGCCAGCCUUUCCAGUCUUGGUUCUCCGUACCCUGGUUCGCCAGCAUGA